AUGGAGACCCGGGGGCGGAGGGAGGCGGUGUCGCUUCGCUCGGGCCGGCGGCCGUGCGCGCCGCAGCCAUGGCGGCUCCUCCUCAGCCGCCCUCCGCCGCCGCCGCUCCGCCCAGACAAAGGGAGAUUUAACCAGGUGGGGCGGGCGGGAGGGCGCGAGCAGGGGCGGGCAGCGCGCGGCGCCGGCCCCUCCGCGCCGCCGCCCGGCCGUCCCGGCUGCCCGCCGCCUUCGGGAUCCGGCCCACGGCCCGCGCCGCGCCCCCGCCGCCCCGCGCUCGCGCCCACGAGUCUGCCCGCUUCCUGCGCCCGGCGCGGCCCCGCACGACGGCUCACCAGCUCCUGUUUCUCUCCUCUCUCCAUCCUCCCUUCGGUUCCUCACUGCUCGGAAGGCCAAAAAGACGAAGCGAAACCUGCUGCAGACGAAGGCUUUUGGGAUUGUAGCGUCUGCACCUUCAGGAACAGCGCCGAAGCCUUUAAAUGCAGCAUCUGCGACGUGCGGAAAGGCACCUCCACCAGGAAACCUCGCAUCAAUUCCCAGCUGGUGGCACAGCAGGUGGCACAACAGUAUGCUACUCCACCUCCCCCUAAGAAGGAGAAGAAGGAGAAGGUGGAAAAGCCUGACAAAGAGAAACCUGAGAAAGAUAAGGACAUCAGCCCCAGUGUCACCAAGAAAAACACCAACAAGAAAACAAAACCAAAGUCUGAUAUUUUGAAAGAUCCUCCUAGUGAAGCUAACAGUAUACAGUCUGCUAACGCUACAACAAAGACCAGCGAAACGAAUCACACCUCAAGGCCCCGGCUGAAGAACGUGGACAGGAGCACCGCACAGCAGUUGGCUGUAACUGUGGGCAAUGUCACAGUCAUUAUCACAGACUUUAAGGAAAAGACUCGAUCCUCCUCUACAUCCUCCUCCACAGUGACCUCCAGUGCAGGGUCAGAACAGCAGAACCAGAGCAGCUCGGGGUCAGAGAGCACAGACAAAGGCUCCUCCCGCUCCUCCCACGCCAAAGGGCGACAUGUCAGCAGUAAAUGAUGAAUCUUUCUGAAAUUGCACAUGGAAUUGUGAAACUAUGAAUCAGGGUAUGAGAUUCAAGCCCUCCACCUGCCCAUGCUGCUUGCACCCUGGAGAGUCUUCUGUGGACGACCUUGUAGUGAUGCUACCAGGAGAGGUUCUACUUGCCGUGGGCACCUGGCUACCAAGGAAUUUCGUACCCUGACAGUUACUCUUGACACUUUUAUGUAUUCCAUUGUUUUAUAUGAUUUUCCUAACAAUCAUUUAUAAUUGGAUGUGCUCCUGAAUCUACUUUUUAUAUAAAAAAAUCUGCUGUGCACAAUUUUCCAUGUA